AUGUGGAGAAAAGGAUACCAGAGAACGACCAAUAAGAGACUUACCAGCUGCUUACGUUGCUGUACCCAAACCAGCGCCCAGAUAGGCUCGGAAGUGAACAAAUUGCUUCCGCUCGUGGAACAAACCCUUCGAGAUGCAAAGAAAUUCAAGUCCUCCGACGAGGCCAAGGUGCUAGGGACCGUCCUCUAUAGUUGCGAUGAGAAGGCCGACAAGCUGCUAGAGAUCUUCAAGAAAAUCGCGAAGAACUCGAAGGACCAAUACGACUCUUCCGUGUACCGGGCAAUCGUUAUUAAGCAAGGGAAGAAUCGCAUCGAGACGUUGAUGGACGGCAUUUUGGAGGACCUGGAAGCUCUUGUUUCGCACCACAUAUUUCCGGCGGAGACACAAAUGCAGACCAAGCCGCUGGCAGAUGCUCGAGAGGAGCUGGCGAAAGCGUCCCUAUCACUGGCCGACUCCGAUCUGGCCGAGCAGCCCAACUCUGCCAACCAGACUAGCGAUAAUAAUCGCCAGUAUAACCUGUUCGGUAAGGGCACACAGAAAAUCGUGGACGGUCAAUAUUUCGAGACGCAAGGAAAUCAGAAUUUCAGUAUGAUCCCACCUAAGGGGUCUAUAGAGAGGAAGUUGGCAUAG